AUGUUCGGCAGCUCUGGGUCCCCACCGAAGGAAAGUUCGGAGUCUCAAGCACCAGAUACCUCUGCACUAUCCUCUUCUCCCAGUACAAGCGAUCCGCCGAGCGCGUUACAGAGUGUCGAAGAAGGUGGUGGAGAGAAGCGUAGUGGUAAUGGAAGCCCCCAAGGAAGAGCAGCUGGAGAUAAUGGAGGUACGGUAGAGAAGAAGCGGAGGAGUAGCGGUGUCAGCGGAAAGGCCAGCUCUCUACUUGCUAGCGCGAAGAGCUCAUUACAUUUCAGCCCAAAUCCAAACUCUGCCGGUUUCAUGCGCGGUGCAGAAUCCACUUCGCAGACACCUUUGCAGAAGCUUGGAAAGCAAGAUCCAGCGUUAAGCGUUCCUCAAGGGCAGCACAAUAAUUCCGCAGGAGAGUCAGUUCCUGGUCCUAGGUCAACGUUCUCCGUUGGAGUUUGGGAGGACAAGAACAGGAAAUGCCGGCGGACUAUGGAAGAUACACAUGCCUUCUUAUACAACUUUCUGCAUACCCCUGCCCCCGUUUUGGCAUCAGAUAAUGCCGCUACGACAAGCCAGAAGUCACAAAAGUCGACAGAUGAGCUCACUAACGAAUCAUCCGCCAGUCUUGCACCUACUACAACUACUACAUCCAGCUCCCCCGGGCUCGUAAAUGAGAUGAUGGAAACCGAUAAUGGCUAUUUUGCUAUUUUUGACGGCCACGCUGGGACCUUUGCAGCAGAUUGGUGUGGGAAAAAGCUUCACAUCAUCUUAGAAGAAACGAUUCGAAAAAAUCCAAACACCCCGAUCCCAGAAUUACUUGAUCAGACCUUCACAACUGUUGAUGCUCAAUUAGAAAAACUACCUCUAAAGAAUAGUGGUUGCACAGCCGUCACAGCAGUACUUCGAUGGGAAGACAGGAUACCAAACGCCCAAUCAGCGACAGGAUCGACUGCAAUUGCACCAGCAACGGCAGCUGCAGUCAAGGCUCAGGAAGAUGUUACUAAGAGCGAGGAGAAGUCCGGCGACAGUGGGGUCGAUAUGAGCAAGACACCGUCACAGCAACCAAAUGCUGCUUCAAGCGCCGCAGCCUCAACUGCACCUAUUGAGGCUACACAUGCCAAGCUCAAAGUACAAGCAUCACGUCAACGAGUUCUGUAUACGGCAAAUGUAGGAGAUGCACGUAUUGUACUUUGCAGAAGUGGCAAGGCGCUGAGACUAUCUUACGAUCACAAAGGUAGUGAUGAGAAUGAAGGAAAGCGUAUCUCGAACGCGGGUGGACUUAUUCUCAACAACCGUGUCAAUGGUGUCUUGGCUGUUACUCGGGCCCUGGGAGAUGCAUAUAUGAAAGACCUAGUAACAGGUCAUCCAUAUACUACCGAAACUGUUAUCCAACCCGAUCUCGAUGAAUUUAUCAUUCUCGCUUGCGAUGGUUUGUGGGAUGUCUGCUCCGACCAAGAAGCAGUCGACCUAGUCCGUGACAUAUCUGACCCCAGCACCGCCGCCAAAAAGCUUGUGGAACAUGCCCUCGCCCGCUUCAGCACUGAUAAUCUCUCCUGCAUGAUCGUGCGCCUCAACAAGCAAGCCCUGCAAGCCACAACCAAGGAACCCGGCUCCGCCAUUGGUGUCGAAGGCGACCCAUCAUGUAUUCCCGGCAAGAUCUCCGAAGUCGAAAAGAUCGUUGCCGAAGCGAAGAGGAAGGUGCAAGAAGAAGGUGUCCCAGGUGUUGGUGUCAGCGGUAGCAAUAGCGGCAAAGGUCAUGACCCGAAACUAUCAGACGAGGAGGAGUCUAAGGGUAUUAGCAUGGAGCGUGUUGUGGAAGAGGAACCCAGUCUUGUCGAGGGCGAUCCGCCGGAGAUGAAUCUCGAGGGCGCGAUUGCAGCCAGUCCUGAGAUAAGGUCGAAAUUGAAGUUACCCAAAGGAGCACUGAAGUGA